AUGGCUUUCUCGAGGAGCUCAGCAAUUGAUUACGACCAUCCUAAUAAACAAUCAAGGAUCAUCAUCAUUACCGUCGGAAACAAGAACUACUCCAUUCCGGAAAAUUAUAUACCAGGGCAUCUGCUAGUCCAAGCCAGACAGUCUCGGUGUUCACGUAUUCUAAUUGGAGAUAUCGACGCGGAUGUUGGCCACACCAUCCUACAUUUCCUAUAUAAAAGGGAAUAUGAAACGGUCUUUUGCGCGGAAACCCAAAAAGAGCCACACAACGUUAAACCCGCCAGGAAGCACGAGAUAGACGACCUCGACGCGCUUGCCCAAAAGUACAUUAUGACUCUCAGCGAAGCCCUGUUGAUUUUCCAGAUCCUUCAAGGAGCCCGGUCGAUAUUUUCGAGAUUGCCUGAGAAUGAAGAAUGGUUUCAUCACUAUCUAGACUCUAAGCUUUCUAGCAGCUUUGCGGAGGAUGAGACAAUAUUACAGCUGGACGACUUCUAUAAGGAGAUUGUGAAUGAUCCAGCAUUCAGCAAAGCUGUAGUGAAGAUUAUAGUCAAAGUCUUUACCACCGAGACCUCACGCUUGCGAAACAUUCUUAGAUUUACCGGCGGCGGUAGUGAAACGAAGGAUGAUGGCGAGUCUUCGCGUGAACAAUCGUUUCCAGUUACCCAAUCCGAGCCUACCGAUGACCACAACGGAGAAAAAUGGUUUAAAGCGCUGUCUAAAGAACAUAGCGCUGCGAAUAUCUCAUGUUUAUCCGCUUCUGAUCGGAACUGCCCGUGUGGUGAGCCCGCAAUCGAGCUCCUUCCAGUUGAUUGCGAAAUGGCCAACUCCGAAGUUCACUACAUCACGAAGACAAUGACAAUGCCAGCGCAAUACUGA